CAGUAGCUUCGCAUGCCGUGAUCCAAUGAGCAGUCCACCGCAGUACGCAGAUGUCUCCUCCCUCCUGGCAGCUGCGGGUGGCCACCAGCCGCCGCUCGACGGCCGCGUGGCCAUCGUGACCGGUGGCGCUGGCGGCAUUGGCGCCGAAGUCACCGCGCACCUCGCAUCCCUCGGCGCUCGCAUCGUCGUCGGCUACAUCGGCGACUCGGCACCCGCGGACCAGCUGGUCGCAUCCCUCAACGCGGCCGCAGGCAGCUCCGGGCCACGUGCGGUCGCGGUGUGUGCCGAUGUAUCGGACCCUGUGCAGGUGGAGCGUCUGUUCGACGCGGCGCAGGCGGCGUUCGGGCGCGACCUCCAGAUCGUGGUGGCGGCCGCCGGGUUCCAGGACGCGGCGUACCCGGCCAUCGCGGACACCGAGCCGGAGCAGUGGGAUCGCGCCUUC